AGACUCACCUGGAGAACCCCACCAAGUACCACAUCCAGCGCUCGCAGCAGCAGCAGGUGAAGCGCUACCUGGGGAAGCUCGGCUCUCAGGUGUUGAGCCUGCCCUGCCACAACCAGUCCUCAGACCACGGGGGCAUGCCGCCAGGGCCGGGCAACAGCGCCCCCAACAGCCCCAUGGCCCUACUGACCCUCAACACUAACUGCGAGAAAGAGAUGGAUGAUGUCAUUGAUGACAUUAUUAGUCUGGAGUCCAGUUACAGUGAUGAAAUCCUCAGCCUGAUGGACCCAGGACUUCAGAUGGCUAACAUCCCUGUGAAUGCUAACCUCAUGGACCUGUAUGGUAAUCAGGGUAUGGCCCAGCAAGGUCUGCCCAUCAGCAACUCCUGCCCUGCCAACCUGCCCAACGUCAAAAGGGAAUACUCCGUUUCACAAUCCACGGCCCUCAUGCACAUGCUGGAUAAAUCUGGAUCGUGCGGAACAUACGACGACUAUCAAAGUCCUGAAGGGUUCCCUGGGGAAGUUAGGGCGAUGGCAAAGGAAAGGCAGAAGAAGGAUAACCAUAAUCAGAUUGAAAGAAGACGGCGGUUUAACAUCAACGAUCGAAUCAAGGAAUUGGGAACCUUAAUUCCUAAAUCCAAUGACCCGGACAUGCGCUGGAACAAAGGCACGAUCCUGAAGGCGUCAGUGGACUACAUCAGGAGACUACAGCGGGAGCAGCAGAGGGCCAAAGAGGUGGAGACUCGCCAGAAGAAGCUGGAGCAUGCUAAUCGUCAUUUGCUGUUGAGGAUACAGGAGUUGGAGAUGCAGGCGCGGGCUCACGGUCUGGUCAUCACGUCUUCGGCGCUCUGCUCGUCUGAACUGGCGGCCCGGUCCAUUAAGCAGGAGCGCUCUCUGGAGGACUGUUGCCAGGAGCUGUACACGCUGCACCCCAACCACCAGCUCCUCCCAGACUGCACUGCAGAGCCGCCCGGCACCCUGGAGCUGAACGACGGCCACUCCAACUACCCCAAAGGUCCCUACAGCGUGCACGGCAAGCUGGGUUCCAAACUCAACGACAUCCUCAUGGAAGACACCCUGUCCCCGGUGAGAGGGGGGGACCCUUUGCUCUCGUCCGUCUCCCCCGACACCUCCAAGGACAGCAGUCGUAAGAGCAGUGUGAGCAUGGAUGAGAAUGAUGAGGUGUGUUAGCACCCCCUACUGGAGGACACCUGCAUCUCCAACCUUCUCCACCCUGCUGCAAAGUGUUGCCGUCUGCAGCUUACUCACUCUGCUGGAGACGCUUCCUCCUGUGCGUGUCACUUGUUUGUUUAUUUCUCCCCCCCGACAGUGUUUACAUGUUUUUAAUCUUUUCCAUUUUUUUUUUUUUUGUGAUAUCUUUGUCUUUUCAAGCCCUCAACCUUGAUUUCAAAGAAUGAUUAUGAAGUACUUUUGCUUUAAUCAAAACUUUGAUGACAAUGAGUUACAAAAAUAGAAGUUUUUAUAUUUUAAAUAUAUAUAUAUGCAUUCAUCUUUGAAUAGAGGCUAGAUUAUGUUUAUUUCUAUUGAUUCCAACGAAUCUAGGGAAGUUAUAAAUCAUGGUCAGAGUUGUAGAUAUUUUGUCUUGAGAUGAACACUGCUUUUUAAAUCACUAGCAAUAAUAGAAGAAAACUAUUUAUUACUAUAGUGCUUUACACUCCUCGUGUCUUAGAUUGAACUUGAAGGUGCCAAUGCCUUAUUAAGAUGGUGAUGCAUCGAUGUUGUAUUGCUAUGCACAUUUUUGGGCUGUUAGCUGAGUCUUUGUCAGUCUUCCAGUUGAAAUGUCUUCCUUGGAAAUUAUAAAUAAUAAUCAUUUGUAGAUUGUAUCUUAUUUAUGUAUCAUUGUAAACAGGACUUUAUGUAAACAUUCACCUUAAAACAUGUAUUUAUAACAAGGCAUUUAAAAAGAGCCAUUUUUUUUAAUACAUGAGAUAAUAAUAAAUAAAAGCUCACUAAUGCGCAAGAAGCAGCACAACAAUCCAGUAAAUCUAUUUGUGUCACACUGAUCCAUCCUUAACUAUCCAGAGACGUGUGCCAGAUAUUUCUGAAGUAUACGUUCCUCACUGCCAAAACCACGGAAUACUUCAAACUUAACAAAUAUUUAAGAAAAGUAUUAUUUUUUGAUAAUGCAUUCUCAAAAAAUGUAAACUAAAAGAGCUGUUGUAGCCCUGACACACACACAAGAAGCACAUUUCACUUGAAAAUAAUUCUAUACCAUUUUGAUAGAUAAUUAAUGCGAGAAGAAGAUUAAUCAGUUAGGCUUUUUUUUAUUCUUGUCUGUAGUGAUCAGACUAAAACAGCUGAUAACACUGCUUAUACUUCCGACCUGUGUUGAUGCAAGUGCUGGGUUUUCUAACUGUCCCUCCAUUUGCUAAAUUAUUGUUAUUUGACACCACUGCGAUGACCUUUCACCACAUUUAUUUUCCAUGAUGUGAACAUUUUUAUUGCCAAGGAGUAUAAGGAGACUGCUUUGGGAUUUUGUAUGAAACGCAUGUCAGAAACACUGGAAUGACCUCUGUAAUUUAAAACAUGGUUUGUUCACAUUUUUUUUUUUAUUUAAGCAUAUUAACAAUUGUAUUUGGCUUUUCAAAUGCAUACAGAAUAUUGUAUGUGAUUGUAGGUUCUUUAUGGUGUGCGGUUAUUGUACAUUUCAGCAGUUUGUGUUCAACAGUUGUAGCACAUUGUAUAGGUAAGCCUUUGUUUAUACUUUCCUGCCAUUACUGUUACAGCACAGCCUCCAUUUUUGUUAAACUAUGCAAUGGUUGAAGUUGUGCCUGCAGAAUAGCAUCAUGUCUCAACAAUGUGAUCUCCUUAUGAAGUAGUCUAAAACAAUGUCAAUGUAGUUCUCUUUUUUAAUUGAUUUAAGUGCCUUACAGUCAUUUCUGUUACCCUGGUGUUGAGGAGUUGUAGACAGUGAUGCAAAACGUUGUUGAUGUUAAUACUGGUGUUUGGUGCUUUAUGAAUUAACUGAAGAGUGCCAAAGUGUUUUAGAAAGCAGUAGGAAAGGUGGUUUGUCAGUACAAGGAAACUCAAGAAGCCUCUCAGACUCAAGAGCCACCAACAUGUCACGAUGGAACCCCAAAGUGUUCAGUACUGAAAAGAAAAAGGCAUUACGAAAUAAAUUAUUAUAAUAUAAUCAAGUAAAUCAAUGAAUUCUUAAGUAAUUUAAUAA